CGUAAGCACCUUGGUGAUGCCUGGUAAAAUUAAAAGAAUCACGGAGCUACAGCAGGUCUCAAUUGCCAAUGCUGUAGCACGAGGAAUGUAUACUGUCUGCCUCCUGGUCAUCAACGCCUGCCGGGCCGUCUUUCUCAAGCAAUCCAGAAGAAGCAUGGGCCAAUUGUUGCUUUGAGCUAAGGCAGUAGGGAUCAAUGGUGUUCAGUUGGUCAGCGCAAGAAAACCGUGCUCAGCUACCCAAAUGCUGCGGCAUAAUGCUGUUCAAGAGCCCCUGGGCAGAACACGUUCCAGAUCUCCAAUUCAAUAGUCCUAGUUACACAAAGAAUAUCUUUCUUGAAAGUGAGAGCUUCUGAGAAAUGAUUUCAUGUCUACGAGUCCUCUUCGUGAAUAGAAAUUUCACGCUUGCAUGUUUUGUACUCCAUGUCUGAGGCUGUGUUAGCAACCUUG